AUGAGUUUCUCCAGGUUCCUAGUUUUUCUUACCCUCGUGCACGGUUCGUUACAGUCACCGGAUGACACAGAAAGAUUUUGGACAGAAGAUAUUUCAACUGGCAUUCACUAUCAGAUAAACUCAGAAUCAGCUCUAACAUGGCACCAAGCAAGCAAAAGCUGUCGGCAGCAAAAUGCAGAUCUACUAAGCAUCACAGAGAUUCAUGAGCAAGCAUAUAUAGGAGAGCUAACUAAAAAAUUUAGUUUUGCAUUCUGGAUUGGAUUGAACACUUUGAAUUUCAACAGUGGAUGGCAAUGGGCUGGGGGCAGCCCUUUCAGAUAUUUAAAUUGGGCUCCAGGAAGUCCUUUCCCGCUCCCUGGGAAAAUCUGUGGAGUGAUGAAUCCCAGAAAAGAUGCUAAAUGGGAAAACCAAGCAUGUAACCAGAGACUCGGCUACAUUUGCAAAAAGAGAAACUUCAGUUUAAAGACUGACAUUAUACCCAAAGAGGAAUUGAGACCUAUUAAGUGCCCAGAUGGCUGGUGGCCAUACGCAGGCCACUGCUACAGCAUUCAACGGGAACCCAAAGUAUGGAAAGAUGCUCUGACUUCAUGUAAGAGGCAAGAUGGAGAUUUGGCAAGUGUCCACAACAUUGCUGAAUACAGUUUUCUAGUGUCACAGCUUGGUUACAAGCCAACAGAAGAGCUAUGGCUGGGUCUGAAUGACCUGAAGGCUCACUUCUAUUUCGAGUGGAGUGACGGGACUCCUGUGACGUUCACCAAAUGGCAGCGCAGGCAUCCCACCUACAGAAACGGUCUGGAGGACUGUGUGGUUAUGAAGGGGCAGGAUGGAUACUGGGCAACUGAUGUUUGUGAUACGCAACUUGGUUACAUCUGUAAAAAGAAGCCUUCAUCACAAUCGUCUGAAAAAGAGACAAUCGAGGACCCAGGCUGCCUGAAAGGUUGGAAAAGAUAUGGUUUUCACUGUUACUUGGUGGGCUCUGCAUUUUUGACGUUCUCAGAAGCAAAUAAGACAUGUGAACAGAGCAAAGCUUAUCUAGCUACAGUGGAAAGCAGAAAUGAGCAAGCCUUUCUGAUUAGUCUGACGGGGCUGAGGUCUGAAAAAUAUUUCUGGAUCGGUCUCUCCGACACAGAAGAACAAGGGAGUUUCAGGUGGACCAGUGGCGAAACUCCUCUCUUCACACACUGGAACACAGCAAUGCCAGGAAAAGAGCAAGGCUGUGUUGCCAUGGGAACUGGAAUUGCAGCUGGAUUAUGGGAUGUUGUUAGCUGUGAGAAGACAGCAAAUUAUCUUUGCAAACAGCAGGCAGAGGGAGUGCCGCCUCCUGCUCCUCCGAUACAGGUCCCUGCAGCUGCCUGUGCCGAAGGCUGGGACGGAGCCUCCCGGGCAGACUCGUGCUUCAAAUUUUUUGUGAGAGAGGGAAACCAAAAGAAGUCUUGGUUUGAGGCUGAAGAAUUCUGUAGAGAAAUAGGAGGAAAUCUGGUGACAAUCAAUACAAAAGAAGAUCAAAUUUUAUUAUGGCAAUUAGCAUCGGAUAAAGGACUGCACACUCAGGCUUUCUGGAUCGGGUUGUUUCUCUUAAAUCCUGAUGACGGAUUUGCCUGGAUUGAUGGAUCCCCUAUAAUUUAUGAGAACUGGGAUGAAGAUGAACCCAACAACCAUGAAGAACUUGAACAUUGUGUUACGUUCAAUAGAUCACCCCAAAUGCGCUGGAACGACUUGCGCUGUGAACAUUUACUUAAUUGGAUUUGUGAAACAAAAAAAGGUACGCUGCUAAAACCUGAACCGAACUACAAACUUGAAUUUCAAGCCACAGAUGAUGGAUGGAUUACAUAUGAAAAUAAGCAGUACUAUUUCAGCAAAGAACGUGUCCAUAUGGAGGAAGCACGGAGAAUUUGUCAGAAGAACUUUGCAGAUCUCGUUGUCAUUGAGAAUGAAAGCAAAAGACAAUUUCUAUGGAAAUUUAUUUACACAAAGCUGAGAGUGGAAUCAUAUUUCAUUGGGUUAGUUGUCAGCUUUGAUCAGAAAUUCAGCUGGCUGGAUCAGACCCCAGUGAACUACGUCGCCUGGGCUCCAAACGAACCCAAUUUUGCGAAUAAUGAUGAAAACUGUGUGAUAAUGUCAAAAGAUUUUGGCUUUUGGAAAGAUAUAAGCUGUGCUGUGAAAAAUGCCUUCAUCUGUGAAAGGCACAAUUCAACUUACUCAGGAUUUGCUCCUACUGUACUUCCACCUCUGGGAGGAUGUCCUGAAACCUGGCUUUUGUUUAACAAUAAGUGUUAUAAAAUAUUUGGAUCCAGAGAAGAAGAGAGACUGACUUGGCACUCUGCAAGAAGUGCCUGUAUAGAAUUAGGGGGAAAUUUGGCCUCUAUACACAAUGAGCAAGUGCAAGCCUUCUUCACCUUCAACCUAAAGGAUGUUGCCAAUGAAACAUGGAUCGGACUGAAUGACAUUAACAGUGAGGGUAUAUAUCUUUGGACAGACGGAAGCUUUUUUGAUUAUUCAAAGUGGGCAAGACAAUUCCCAUUUAGAGAUAAAUACAUAAAACUUGACUGGAACUAUAUUACAAUACAGACUGAUUGUAUUGCAAUGACGAAAAGAUUUGUAGACGAAGCAGGGUACUGGGAAAACACUGACUGCCAGCAAAACAAAAGCUAUAUUUGCCAGAUGGACAGUA